GAGCAUAGUAACUUAGUGUAAAUGUGUCAAGUUCAUUGAUGUGACAAACGAAACUUAACAUUGAUGUGAUUGUGUAAGUGAGGUGUCAACAACGCUUGGCCGUUUCUAAAUUGGAUUUGUACAGGUGUUGUGUUGAUGUAGGUGAAAGUGUUAGUGAAGUGUGAUUAUGUGAAGUGAAUAUGACGUCACGAUGAAGUUGUGGAAAAGCCUGAAAAUUUCUAUUGGGAAACCUGACUCAAAGGGCAAUCCACAAGAGCUACCCCAGUGGCAUGGACAAGGAUACGAAUUGGAUGUUUUCAAAUCACAAACAUCGUUGUCAACGGACUCUGGCUUAUGUACCGAAAGGGGGCUCAGACGAACGCAAAUAGAUAUCACUAAGCCACCUGGAAAGAGAAUCGGACUUAAACUAGCUGGUCGUUCCGAACCGGGAGUAAUACCAUCAAUAAUAGGCUUCACGAAGGACUCGGUGGCACAUGAAUCAGACCGUCUGGCUCCAGGUGACAGGAUUUGUAGCGUCAAUGGCAUUUCUACGGCAAGGCUUACAAACGAUGAAGUCUUACGACUGCUGGACAAUGUGGAGGAGAGGGCUACCUUGGAAGUGGAAUACUAUAUGCCGAAUUAUGCCUCCCAAAACUCUUUGUACAUCACAACAAAGCUAGCAGAAGUUCCUGUUGAGAAAAUAAAUGGCUCUCUAGGGGUCACGAUUAGAGGUGGACAGCCUGAGAACUGCAUAGCUAGCGCAGACUUGGUUCUCAAUAGCAGGUCUCUUGAUGCCCUACCCCUGGUCAUCACCCAUGUAAGACCUGGAGGUGCUGCUUAUAACACUUCUAGAAUCAAACCUGGUGACAGACUGUUGAAAGUUGAUCAUAUUUCUCUAACGAACAAAACGCUCUCGGAAGUCCAUCAGAUUCUUCAAAACUGCCCACAAGUCACCAGUCUCACAAUAGAAUACGAUGUAUCGAUAAUGGAAUCGGUGAAAUUAGCGACGGGGCCCCUUCUCAUAGAAAUCGAGCGGCCCUGCAACGAGGAUCUGGGCCUAUUUUUGAGCAAUCAACGGUUUACUGAUGACGUGUACAGUUCUGGCUCAGAUACAUAUCAACGAGUGGGAACAUGCAACGCCAUAUAUAUAGACAGUAUACUGCCAGCAAGUAUAAGCGACAGAUGUGGUGCACUUCAUCCCGGGGAUCAGCUUCUUGCAUUCGAUGAUCACGUUAUAGAUGGUAAUAACUAUACAGCUGAAGAAGUAAUGUGUUAUUUAGAAAACUGUGAACCGGGAUUUACAAGGCUGCACGUCGCACCGAGGCAUAUUUUAUCACAUGGAGGAAGAUUUCCAAGAGAAAACUCCAUUUCCGGUACUUUGAAUAGCAAGAAAUACCGUCAAAGAUUUAGACAAAGUUCAAUGCCGAAACUUGGGAUGCCGGAUGAUUAUGAUAACCAACAGAACUAUAUGAGUAUGGGUGUGUGUAGAACCGAGUCCCUGAACAUUCAACUGGAAGUGCCUCCGGGCCAUAGCAGUGGGUUGCUUGUUCACGAGGACAAUUCCAGUCUCGUUAUAUCACAUAUUGCGCCCCAGUCGCCCUCAUAUCGGUCUGGCUGUUUGCAAGUAAGAGAUCGAGUUAUGUCUAUAAAUGGACACGAAAAUUUAAGCCUGGAUGUAGCUAAUGAAAUACUACAAAGAAGAAACGACUCGCAACAUCCAAAAUAUUUAACACUUAACGUCGAAUUUAGCAUGCCCAACACCAUUGAGGCGUCGAGCGGAGUUUUUAAUGUAAAAUUGGCGAAGACCACUGCUGGUCUUGGAAUCACAAUCACAGGAUGUAAGCAGAAGCUACUAAGUAACGAAGAGCCGAUGGUGAUAUCUGAUAUCAAGCCGGGCUCGGUGGCUCAUCGGAGUGGAGCCCUCGCCCCUGGAGACCAGCUACUAGCUAUCAACGGGCAGCCGCUUCAUAACUUAUCAUUGGAUACAGCUUUCAACAUACUCCAAAACUCUUCCGAAGAUAUAAUCACAUUAAAAAUACGAAAACGUGAUCUGACAGAAGACUGGUCAAACAUCCACAAGCACAAUGCUAAACUCACAUUACAAAGCUUUAGUAGCAUUGAAACUAAGGCAGUUGUACACAGCGGAGAAGAUUCUGGGCAUCAUACUGAUAGUCCUAAUAAUAGUACUAAGGAAAGUGAAAGAAGUCAUGGGAGUGACAAUACAGCUGUUUUUAUGAUAGAAAUAAUAAGGCAAGAGAAUGGGCCAUUAGGCUUAACGAUAGCAGGAAGUGAGGACGUAAAUCAACCUAUUUUACUAAGUGGACUUGUUCAAGGUGGUCUAGCUGAAAAAAGCGGUAAACUUGCAAUAGGGGAUGAGCUGCUUAGCAUUAAUGGUGAAAGUGUAUUGAACAAACCUCUGUCUGAAGCUAUAAAGUUACUGCAGCAGAGUGGACAGCGAGUUCAGAUCCAAGUGUGUCGAAAACUCACUGGAAACUUCGAUUGCGCCGAGUCAAGCAUAAGAGACUCAAGUCAUUCAACGUCAAGCCCAGGUCUUUCUAAUGACAGCGCUGUGGAAUCAUGGGACCAGAACACACCUAUCAGAACUAGUGCCAAUUGUGGCAAUUCUGAGGUAAUAGAAUACGCCGUGCCCGACAAGAGCCGAAUAAUAGAUAAGCAACCGUACUCACCAACAGACGAGGAUAAACUUAUGGCAUCGAACUUCAAUGCCUACAACGUACACGACCUACCCUUGCCAAAUUAUUCACUCAAUAAUUCCCUCAAGACAUUUCACUACGAGAAUACAUGUAUAAUUCCUGAUGCAACGUUAAAGAAUAAAAGUGCUACGAGAGAAGACGAUGUACAGCAAAUUGAAAUACUAACAAGUAAUAUGAAGGACUGUCAGUUACAUAACACAGAAAAAUCUUCCUGUAAAUGUGACUACGUACAGAUGGGUCCAUACGGGAUAGUCUCUCCGAAAAGCAAGUGGCUUAAUUGGGAUGGUGAAUAUUUAAACAAUGGAAUUUAUACCGUCACAAAUCCACAGAAGCCGCCAUUGAAUGCAAACGUUGCCGGAACUAGUUUUCAGUUUUCCGCAAGUCCUAUUUACGAAAAUGAUGUUCAAGGGUUAUACAACAGUGAUACACUAUCUCCAGCAAGAGGUUCCGUACAUCACGUCAUUCUUUACAAAGACGCAAUCUAUGAUGACUACGGCUUCUCUGUGUCUGACGGCUUGUAUGAGCGAGGCGUGUACAUAAAUAGGAUACGAAAAGGUGGUCCUGCUGAUAUUGUCGGACUGUUGAGGCCUUUUGACAGAAUAUUACAGGUAAAUGGAACGCGGACUGUUGACUAUGACUGUUGCUUGACGGUGCCUUUGAUCGCUUCAGCUGGCGAGAGGUUGGAAAUUGUUGUUCAGCGGCUUGCCACUUCAAGGGACCUUAAAAACCACCGCGUGGAGGAUACUUCAAGCCCAAGUGACAUUAGCAUAGUGACAAAAACUAUUUAGUGCUUAACACGACUGUAGUGCUACCUACAAACAAUGUGUGUGAUUGGAAUGCUCAUGUGAAUAGUGUUAGAUCAUAUUUUAACGGGACUAAUAAUUUCUCAAACCUAAUUUGAAGAAAAUCGUAUGUAAAAUACAUACGUUGAGACGUUUUCUAGUAAUAUUUUAUUGUGCUUGAUUGUCGAAUUUACGACUUCAUUAUAAACUGUUAAUAAGAAUAGGUAUGUUGAUAUACUAUAAUAUAAUUUACUAUAAUAUAUAUGUGCGCCUGUUUGUCUAGACAUAAUAUGUUAAACACUGUAAAAAAAAUCAGAUGGUUUGUGCAUACCAAUGAUUCGCACAUUUAACUUUAAGUGUUAGAAGUGACGUCAACUGACUAUUGGAAAUUGUACUUAACAUUCUUAGGCCCUUUAAUUAUACUCAAUGUAAACCAGUGUCUAACACUUUCCACGAAUACAUUAAAAGACUAACUGGAUAGUUUUUUUUUCAUAUUAAAGUCGAUUUCCUAAUAUGCAAAUAUUGGGUUUGAGCAGGUUAUCAACUGUAAAGUAGAUCCUGUAGAUGAAGACACAAUCUGAGAGUUGAACAAAGAUUUGUGAACAUUACGUCUUUCGAACGGUUAGCUCAAAGGAAGAGCGCUCGUACGGAACGCGAGAGAUGGCGGGUUUGAAUCCCACAUCGUUCAUAAAUUUUGUUUUCAAAUUAAUUUGUAGAAAGUUAUAACUUCGUCUAUACUAAUAUUUUAAAGAGGAAAGAUUUAAUUUUUUGUUUGUUUGCAUUGACUAGGUUCCGAAGCUACUGAACCGAUUUGAAAAAUUCUUUCACUGUUGAGAAGCUACACUAUCUCCGGGUGAUAUAGGCUAUAUUAUAUUUUCAAAAAAAAUUAUAAUCAUUACUUAAACUCCAAUAAUGUGAUCCAAGGUGUAAAAAAAUUACCAUGCGCUGCGAAAAUAUUGAUGAUAGAUUAAAAUAAUUUACCACGACUCUGCAGAACACAUCAUUAUUUACAAAGUGUCGCGACAGCAUAUGUUAUAAGUGUUGUUUUACUUGGUACUUUUAAUUGGAAUAAAAGCGUCUGCUGUUUGUAAGAAAGUCUGUGUAAAUUAUUAUUAUUUUAUAGUUAUUUAUGCAACUGUUAUAUAAUGGGGUAUUAAAACACGAAUGUGGGUUUAUCAACAGUUGCAUACAAGACUUUAUCUACACCCAUAAUAUGAAUCCUCUUUAAAAUAUUCUGAAACAGUUAGUUUACUGCUAACAUUAAAAAGCCAGUCCUAGUAACCAUAAUAUCAUCCAAAGGAGUGUUAUUAUGAAGACGGAUGAUGUAAUUUUGUAAUGAAUUUCAUUACAACACUCGUUUGGAUGAUGUAAUGGUUAUUAGAAACUGGGUGUUGGAUGAGCUGAAAUAAUAAGGAGUGCCAAGGAACACAUUGGCACUAUUUAAAUCAAUAUAACUUUAAAUUCAACAACAAAAUCGAGAUUUUUAAUGAGGGGAUCAUCCAACCACAAGAAGCAACCGUCCAAGAACAUGAUGCAUGCAUGAACCAGCCAUCGCUUCUCUCGACCAUAUUUUAAGUAAGGGAACGACCCACGCACACACACGUCUGCUGGCUCAGUUGUCAAAUAAAUACGAAAAUACAUUUGAUACAACCAAGACUUAACUUGAAAUAACGGCAUGCAUACAGAUAAUUAACAAUUAUUGGCAAUGAGGUUCAUUACAAUACGUUUGGAAAUCACCUUAAUUUUAUGAGGUGACCUUUUUGUACAAAGCUUACUGGUGGAUAUUUACUCGAUAAUAUGCGGGACAUACUCUUGGCCAGUCGUGGUUGCUAACUAUGGGCCUGAUAUGAAAGCUCACGGUUGACAGGUGGCAACGGAGAGGGCUAUGCAUAGUUUCGGAGUUUACCUGCGAGAUCGAAUCAGAAAUGGGGAGAUCCGUAGAAGAACCAAAGUCACCGACGUAGCCCGAAUUAUUUCUAAGCUGAAGUGGCAAUGGGCAGGAUACGUAGUUCGAUAGACAGAUGACCAUUGGGGCAGUAAAGUUUUCGAAUGGCAACCUACUGGAAGACGCAAUGUUGGUAAGAGUUAAGGUCCCCACAAGAUGGACGAAUCUGUUCUGGAUUGUAGGAAUAGGUUGGAUGAGUGCAGCGCAGGACCGAUCAUCGUAGAUAUCUUUGGGAGCCUUUGUCCAGUAGUGUAUGUCUUCCGGUUGAAAUGAUAAUAAUGAUGAAGUAGCACAAGCAAUCAAACUUUCAAAUAAGACCUACACUUAUGUAUCACUUAUCUUAUCUAUCACUUAUCUUGUCUCUCAGUUGUCUUGACGGGGGAAUAUCGUGUUCCAAAUAGCUGUUUCACCUGAUUCCUGCCACCCAAUUCCACCUUAGCACGACACGCCACAAAUUAGGAUAUCAUCCCCACCAUCUGGAUGUGUCCACAGUGCGGUUUUCAAGGAACUUUCUGCCACGUACUACAAAGUUGUGGAAUGAACUUCCUUAUGCGGUAUUUCCGGCACGAUACAACAUGGGUGCCUUCAAAAAAAGCAUGUCCAGCAUCCUUAAAGGCCGGCAACGCUCCUGUGAUUCCUAUGGUGUUGCAAGAGAACGCAGUAAAAACUUAAAAAUAAUGGCAUACAACGUGAAAUGUAUAAAAUAAUACAUUUUGUAAAUUAGGUCCGCCAGAUAUCGUCGAGUGCAUUUUGGUUUGGAUAAACGCCAAGCGUUAUCUUUACUACUAAAAUCUACCAAAAAUAUAGCAUUUUAAAUUUUGUUGUGCAAUAUUUUAAAAUAGAAGCUGGCAGCCAAAUUUAGGUAACGUAACACAUUUGCUUUUGAAUAUUAUAUGAAUGUUUGACGUUGACUUAUUUCAAAAACUUCGUUCAUGCUUUUUAUAUUGCUUGUGAGUUGUGUGCAGUGGGAAAAUUUCAUUUGUGAAUUAUUUAAAUCUUUUCAAAUUAUUAAAAAAAUAUAUAUAUUAAAUCAUUUUGUGAAAAUAAUAGAAUAAGUUGAAUAUUUGUAAGUUGCAUGAAUUAUACUAAGUUUAAUCGAUAGUCUUUAAAUGCAGUGAAAAAUGCUAGAAAUUCAAUUUAUCGGGAUUUAGUAUGUUCAAUACAACGUAAAUAAUUAUGAUUUAAUUGAUAAAUUGUCUUGUGUCCCUCUGAACUUUGUAUCUAUAUAAUAUAUAACUUUUCUCUAAAUAAAUUUGAAUAUUUACUUGGAACAUAAAUUUGAUUAAUAUACUGUUAUUUUUGACUAGAUGACGUAACUAUGGAUCGGAAGUAAAAAAAAAACUCUUCCUUCUAAAUUUAUAAGUAUUUGAAUCAAAUCGAAAUUGUCAUCCAUGACAUUGUGCUGAGUCGUGAGCUUUCUGUCUUUAUAAAUAUAACUUCCUUGCAAAUUGUUGAAAUGUUACACAUAAAAAAUCUUUAGAUAUUUAUAAAUAAAAAGAAAUUUUAUAUUACAAUGACAAUGUAAGAUUUUGUUUUAAACUAUAUUAAUGAGUAUUUCCCGAAUCAUUAAGAAAACGAAUUCAAAAUGGCGCAGGUAAUCAUUCUAUCUCACUUGCACCACUCUUUCCCUCUAAUACACAUGCGUGAGUAGAGUAUGCAGAAAAAAAUACCAAACUUGUCAUUAAAAAAAACAUUGUGGAAUAUAAAACUUUUGUUUUACUGACCGUAACUAUCAAUCGAAGUAAAAGCCGACAUUUUGGAUUCAUUUGUUUAUUGACUCACACUAUAUUAUCUUAUGUCCCAUAGCACAGUCAAAACAUAAAAGAUAAUCGAAGUGUUUGUUUUACAAUUUGUAGCGUCAACUUUGCAGAUAUUCGAUAUAUUCAUGGAAAAUACUUAUUUGUGUGAUUUCCGUUUAAUGUCCUCUUCCGUACUAGUAAUAUAGCAAUUUAGUGUAGAUAAAAUAAUAAAUUAAAUAAGACAUUUUAAAUAACAUGUAAUUCUUAUGUCUAUUAUGAAAAAAAAAACAGUUGUAAUUAAUGUAUUUGUAAUAAUUGAUAAAUAGUUUAUUGAUAUGAAGUUAGAUUUUAUAAUAUUGUAACGCUUGUUGUUGAAUAUUAAUUAACAUUAGUUUGUUGUUGAACAUAGACUUAUGUAUUACAUUUUUUAAAUCAAGAUUUAAUUGAGGCAUCAACGCACAACACACGCGAUUGUAAAUGCAUUUCAUUACUGUUAUAUUAUAUAUUAUGUAUAUACAUAUAUAGAUAUUUAAAUAUUGUAUUUGAAGCAAAUAAUAAACAAGACACCGAUGAAAUGGUAGCAAAAACCGUACCAAAUUCUUUUGUUACUUUUUGACCAGUCUCGUUUUUAUGUCUACAAUUUUUUUGCGUCAUAAUUAUUAUACAAAUAACAUUAAUGGUAUUGUCAAAAUAUUCAUAUAAAUAAUAUCGUCUAAAUUUGUUUCUGAUUAAAGUUAGUGUAUGGGGUAAUUAAAUAUAUCCCAUCUUGAUGAAUCUCAUCGAAUGCAACAUAUAAAAAUAAGAUUUAAUUUCAGUCUUUAUUUGGUUAUAUGUAUCAUGUUAUGCAACUUGUAACAAUUUCAACUUGUGAUAUGUUUAAAAAUAAUUGUGAGACUUGAAUGUUUGCAUAGCUAAAAAAAAUAUUUUACAAUUUCGGUACAUAUUAUUUCGGUAAAGAUUAACUUAAUAUAACAAUUAUUAAUUGUAAGCAACGUAAUCAUUCUAUAUAAAUAUUUAGUGAUUUCAAUCAUUUGUGUUUAUGUGCACAAUUGCUUCCAUUCUAACACUCCAUUAUUAGUUUUGUAACUAUCACGAUUUUUAAGACUAUUAGCAUACAGUUGAGUCGAAUCAGAGCCUGAACUAUGUACAGAUAUCGCGCGAGUUGAAUGCAGAGUGCAGGAUUGCGAUAGUGAUGUGAUCUUAUUAUAAUUGAUGACCAUAAUAAUAAUAUAUUUAUUUGCAAAAAGCAUAGUAUACAAUGGUGUUUAAAUAUUAUAAUAAUGAGCUUAUGUUUUGCAAGCACUAUUCCUAGCAUGCAAAUAUUUAACUACAAUGAAUAUCAGAAUUUCAUUCUUAUUAUUAAAUAAUAUAGAAUUUAAAUUUUUAAUGCUACUCGGUAACUUAUUAUAAACACAAACACAAUUAUAUACACAACUUUUAUUAUAUUUAGUCAGUUUUGGAACAUCAUGUAGAACGAGUAUUUGUGCAUCACGACAUAAUCAUGAGUGUGUCAAUAAAUUUAGGCAAUGCUUCAAGUUUACCAUUAUAAACUAGGAUAAAAUGAUAAAAAAAAAUUUCAUCAUUUUAACCUCAUUUAAAUCACAAAUUUUUUCUGGCUUUCUUCAACGCACAUGUCUAAAACAUUUUUUGCUAUUUCUCGUGCUUGGCGAUGAAUAUAAACUCGUUUUUUUUGGAAUGGAACCAGAUGGACUCAGAUCAGUUAUUACUAAACUCAAAAAAAUAACACAGGAUCGCAUAUUUAGUAUCAACGAUAUAACACGGUACGAUAACGGACGACAACGGUACAAGACUAUAUUAUAGGUGGACAAAUUCAAAUUCAAAUUCAAAUUCAAAUAUUUUUAUUCAAAAUAGGAUUUAAAAUCACUUAUUGAACGUCAAAAUCUACCACCCAUUCAAAAGAGACUGCCUCAGACCUGAGAAGAAUGGGCACAAGAAAGUCAGCGGGCUUUCUUUUUUUUAAUAUAAAAUGUGGAUUACAAUGUAAUAUCGUACAAUAAACAUUUAUAAUUAAAGAGCCUGAGGGUGUUCGCUUUAUUCCCAGUCCGUGGUGUCAUUAAGAAAAUCGUUUAUGCUAUAAUAACCUUUCCCACACAAACGUUUUUUAACAAUUCUUUUAAAUUUCGUAACACAUUUGAUUUGUACAUUUUCUGGGAUCAUAUUGUAGAAGCAUAUACAUCGCCCAACAAAAGACUUACUAACUCGACCCAACCGAGUAGUAGGCACAACAAGUUUAUGUUUGCUCCUCGUGUUAACAUUAUGAAUGUCACAGUUUCUAGAAAAUUCCUCAAUGUGCUUAUGAGCAUACAAAACAUUAUCAAAAAUGUAUUCAGAAGCGACAGUCAAAAUGUUUAUUUCUUUAAAUUUUUCUCUUAAUGAUUCUUUAGGACAGCGGCGGGAGAUCCUCCCGCUCUUAGUGCCAGGCCCCGACUGCAUUCAAUUCGCGCGCUCACUGUACAUGAUAUAUAGUUGUUGUUUUAUAUUGAUUGAAAAAAAACGGAAAAAAAAAGAGAAAAAUUCUCCAAAAGAAAGAGAAGGGAUGCAAGAAUAUAGAGAGAUAGCACACAAAGAACACAGGUUAGGCACUCCACUAUUCAGCUCACAAAGGCGAGCUGCGCCGAGCGCGUCCAAAUGAUGUCGAUGAUGUAUAAUACGCUGUUCAAAUCAGAAAUACGAGAUAUUCGUAAGUUACGUCCUAACACUGCGACUUAUUACAGUGCUGUUACUCGCCAGGCUGACUCGUUUGCUUGCUGUGACACUAGUCCUACCUACCAACCACUUACUUAAGAAUACCCCGUCACAAUGAAGCAUGUUUAAAAAUCCCUCAGCUACAGUAAUUUUUCUGUUAUUAGUUUGAAUUGUACUCCAUUUUUUUUAAUGAAAAAUAAUAUAUCGUUGGCAAGUCAAAGUUCGUAUAUAAUAAUUUUAACCUUAGCAGCUUUCCAAUAAGACUAAAUAUGCAUAGUGCUAAAUAAUUUAGUGGAAUUGUUAACAGACUGAUAGGAUUUUUAAAAUACCCAUAAGUUUCAUCUUGAUUCCUAAUAUUUGCGCGUUUUGUAACUCAUAAUAAUGCGUGGAUUAGAAUUGUUAGUAGUUUUUGAUGAGUAAUUUAAUGUUUUCUUUUUACUCGUUUAUAUGUAUAAGAUUUAUUGUUUACUGAAUUCGCUGUUAAAACUGCUUAUAUAAUAACUAAAAUGAUUAAUACUAGGCUUGGUAUAUAAAUGUUAAAAUAAAUUGUUUAUAAGAUUGAAUGAUAAAAUCCAUUGAAUUUAUUCUAACAAGAAUUUAAUUGUAAAUUAUUGUAAUGUUAUAAAAAAAAAUGCUUACUCUAGUGGCUUCAGUUUAUAAAAUGGUUAGAUGUGGAUUCUGUAAAAAUAGAUAUAUUUGUGUGUUUAGACUAACAAUUGAAUAUAACGAGAUAUAUUAAUAUUAUAGAUAUUUGGCAAUUGUUGAAAUCUAGAAAUUUGUGGAGGCGGAAUUCAAACUAUUUAUAUCUAUGUACUUAUUUUUAUGUUUAUAGAUAAAUAUACUAGUUAGUAUUGUUUAGUGUUAUUUAUGAUGGCAUAACCCAAAGAUUUUUACCUUGAUAGAGAGAUUAAGGUAAAUAGCAUGAAAAUUUAACUAUAAGUAAUAAUUAAGUAUCAUUAUUAGGUUUAAAUAGCAUUAAUUGCAAGUUUUUAUAUGGGCUGAAAAAAAUAAAUAAUCAUCAUAUUAUGUUAAAAUUGCGAUUUACGAAUUGCAAAUAUGUGAAUAAUAGAUUCAUUCUUAUUUUAGUUAAUGGUAAAUAUAAAAUAUUUAUACCAUAUUAUCAUUCAAAAUUUGAAUUGUGAAAUGAAAAGUAGCUUGGUAUGGUUUUAUUUAAUUAAUCUACACUCAUGCUUUAAAUCUUCUAUUAAAGAUUCUAAAACAGUAAGCUUAUUUCCAACAUUAAAAAAGCCUGUCCUAUUAACCAUUACAUCAUCCAAACGAGUGUUGUAAUUUUGUACUGAAUUUCAUUACAACACUCGUUUGGAUCAUGUAAUGGUUAUAAGAAAAUUGGGUGUAGAUAAAGUUUUGUAUGCAACUGUUGAUAAUUAGGUAUUAAAACACUCAUGUGAUACUAUUACCACAUUCGGCUUCGCCUCGUGUGACAAACCCACAUUCGUGUUUUAAUACCCCUUAUUACACAACAGUUGCAUAAAUAACUAUUACUUUAUAUCUUGAAUGUAAUAUUUUUCCUUUUAAUUAAUCAAGGCAGCUUUAUAUAACCUUUAAAAUCAAUUAUAAAUUGACUUAGACUACGUUUCAGAUGUGAGUCUUUGUUAAACGCCUAACACAUAUAUAUACCGUUUCUUAUAUUUUCAUAGUCAUACAUUUGGUUGGAGAAAGCUACUUUUAUUAAUUUUAAUUCAAAAUUUAUGUUUAUAUAGUCAAUUAAUGUUAAUAUAAGCUUAAGAAGCCCAGCUACUGAUUAAUAAAUUGAUAUGCGUGAGAAAAAA